AUGACCGCAUAUACAAAGAAAAAUACAUUCUACAUUUCAAUCGGCUUUUGGCUCAUUUUAGGUGUUGAAUGCUACAGUGGUUGGUCAAACCGUACAUUAACUAUUCAGACUGGAGGAUCUGUAACCAUCCCAUGUCAUUAUGAUGAGAAAUACUCACAGCAGAAGAAAUACUGGUUCUCAGUAUUUGAUCAAUCUAAAACAUACACAAACACAACAGAGAAGGAUAUGUCAGUAAUUGACUAUCCUAAUCAGAGUCUCUUUACUGUGACUAUGAGAACCCUGCAGAACAAACACACUGGACUUUAUUAUUGUGUUGUGGAGACUGGAGAACAACCACCGAAAAAUAUAAUAAAUGAGACUUAUCUCAAGAUUCAAUCUGCUCCUGAUGUGUCUGUGCUGAGCAGCAGUGUAUCUGGACAUGAAGGUGGUGAUAUCAGUGUUCAGUGUUUCUAUAGUUCUGGAUAUAAGGAUAAACUCAAAGAGUGGUGCAGAUAUAAAGAUCAGAGCUGUUACACAGUGGGGAGGACUAACACAUCCCAGAAUUCAUCAGUCCAGAUCAGUGAUGAUGGGAGAAGAUCCUUCACUGUGCUGAUGACUGGACUGAGACUGACUGAUUCUGGCUGGUACUUCUGUUCUGUAGGAGAGGAGCUGAAUCCUGUUCAUCUCACUGUAACUGAGGCAGAACAAGUCAUUUCCUCAUUAAAUGAAACAGGAAUUCUCAAGAAUAUUAAUAAUGAAACAGAAGGCACUGUAGAACCUCAAAAUAAUGAACUGCUGACUGUGUGGCUUCCAGCUUUAGCAGCACUUCUGCUGUUACUGAUUCUGAUCAGUGUGUUCACCAGGAGGAGAUGGAGACGGAGACCCAAGCAAGAUAAACACCAAAUCACAGGGAGAACCAGCAGCAGAGCCACUGACAUGAUCUACUCUAACCCUGAAGAUCCUGUGAUGUACAGCACUAUAAAUGAUGAAAACCCAAAUGAUCCCAACAAGGACAUAACCUGCAGUACUAUUGAUAAUGUUCCUGGGAGUGAAGCAGAGAAGCCUCCAGCAGGUGGAGCAAUAUACAGCAUAAUAUACAGCACUGUGGAGCCACACUGACUGCAACAGUGAGAAGAACACAGGAAC